AUGUCAUCGGAGGGGGGUACCAGCGGUGGCCCCGAGACUAAGUGGUACGUGCAAUGCGCUGAUGCGGAGAUUCGUGGUCCCUGUGACCAUGGCGGCCUUAAAUCGCUGCUUGACAUGUCGAUCAUCAGCGGCGCAAGCAACGUUUGGUGCGAUGGCAUGGAUGCGUGGAGUGCCCUAUCUUCGGUCGACGAGUUGAAAGAUUUGUUGGAUGGUGAGGCCAAGGCCUCGUCGGUGCCAACGGAGGGAGAUUCAUCACAUUCGAAAACUGAUGUUCCGAAUGCUGAUGCAUCAACCGAAUCUGCUGAUACUUCGGCCGCCAUUGUUCCUGAGGCGGCAUCGGCCGACGAUGCCACGACCGCGGUGUCAGCGGAGGAAGAAGCACGUAUUCGAAAGCGCGAGAAGAAGCGGCAAUACAUGCAACGCAAACGAAUGAAGAUCGAGUCAGGAAAAUGGGUGGAGUCUGCCGUAAGUAUAGCUGUUCAUAAGAAAGAACGCCAUCAGCGAAAUUUGAGCGUAUAUGUAUCUAACCUUCCCGAUGACACCACGGCGGCGGAGGUGGCUCAAGUCUUCAAACGUGCCGGUGUGAUAAAGAUCGACCCUCUGACCACGCUGCCAAAAAUAAAGCUGUACACUGAUGACUCGGGGAAGUUCAAAAACGACGCUCGCGUUACCUUCGUCAACAAAGAGUCAGUGGAUUUUGCAAUCCGUUACCUGGACAACUACCACUUUCGCGAGGACUGCGUUAUUCAUGUAGAAGCGGCUCGCUACGAUCCGCAGAAAUACAGUGAAAAGUCUGCUUCCCCUCUCAGCGCUGAGGAGAUGCGCAAGCGGUACCUCGCAGCCAAGUACGAACAGGACAGGUUGCAAAGUUGGACGGAGGAUAUCGACGACGGAAGCGGCCGUAGGAUAGUGAUCUGCAAACCCAUGUUCUCUCAAGAAGAUGCAUGGGAACAUGAGGCUGGGAGCAAGUUUUAUGACGACCUGCGUGAGGAGGUUGUCGCGGAGAUAACUAAAUUCGUCCCCGUCGAAAAGGUCACGCCAAUUGCGAGGCAUCCACAGGGCGUGGUCUGCGUGAAACUGAAGACCUCUGCGGAUGCUGAGAUCUUUAUUUCGAAAUUUCAAGAUCGUGUUUUUGACGGGCAGCGGCUACAGGUGUACUUCUUCGACGGCAAGACCGACCUCCAGGCCCAAGCCCUCCCAAGCAAAACGGCUGCUGAGAGCUUCUUGGCCGCCGUGAAAUCCGCUCCUCCGAGCUAUGAUGCCGUUGCCUGUGAUUGGAUCGAUGAUCAGAGCAGCGAUGAGGAGUUUGAGGUAAAAACCGAAUAA